AUGUGCUCUCCUGCUAGCUCUAAAAUCCUGUACAGGAACCCCAGGUUCCUCCGGGUGGCUUUUCUGCAGCUUCACCACCAGCAGCAGAGUGGUGUGUUUUGUGAUGUCCUUCUGCAGGCAGAAGGUGAAGCAGUCCCAGCCCACUGCUGCAUCCUGUCUGCCUGCAGUCCCUUCUUCACAGAACGACUGGAGCAGGAAAGGCCAGUUCAGGGCUGUAAGGUGGUAUUGGAGCUUGGAGGCCUGAAGAUCAGGACACUUAGAAAGUUGGUGGACUUCCUGUAUACCUCAGAGAUGGAAGUAUCUCAAGAAGAGGCCCAGGAUGUACUUUCUGCUGCCCGGCAGCUCCGAGUAUCUGAGCUAGAAACCCUUCAACUAGAGGGUGGAAAGUUGGUGAAGGCCCCACAGGGCCGAAGACUAAACAGAGAAUGUUUACAACCAAGUGUUGCACCAAUCUCUGCCAGAGUGGUGGCACCUGGCCGCCGCCCACGAACUCCACUGCCUGUUACCCAGACUCCCUGUCCUCUUGGGACAGUGAAGUUGAAGUCCUUAGGGGAGGAAGAUGAGCCCCAUAAGACCAGUCUACCAAAUGCAGAUAACUUAUCAGAGAGUCUUAUGAUGAAGAAAGCCAGAGCCUGUCCAGUUGUAAAAAAAAGCUCAUCUCCAUCAAGCCACAAUGUGGGGCCUAAGGAGAAGAAUGACCCUGCACUAGGUCCUACAGCACUUUCCCCUCCUAGCCUGUACCCUUCUGUGAAUGAACGACUGUUGCCCAGAAAGAUCAGGCUAAGUCGCUCAAAGCCAUCUCCCCAUGUCUGUACAUCCAAGCCUUCCAGCACAGUAAGUGGACCCGGUUGUGCGCCCCCACCCCCAGGGAGGCGUCUUUGGAGGCAGAGGAGUGUAAGUAAAGCCACUCAGGGAGUAGAGGAGAAGUCAGGCAUAGCCAAUCCUUUACAGAGCACUCCAAGCCCACCAGGCAUUGGGAAGACAGGUGGGAACAAGAAGCGCAGCCCUGAAUUCAGAACACCCAGCUCAGACUCUGCAGAGGAGGGGCAGAUUGGGAGAGUGAAACUUCGGAAGAUUGUCAAUGGAACCUGCUGGGAGGUGGUACAAGACCCUCCUCUCAGAAACAAUCAAGACAGCCCUCAGAUCUUAGAAGAGCCUCCAGGAACUCACUUCUCUUCAGUUAAUGAACAGGAACUAUCUGAUCAAAUACAUUUGUGUCAGGAUUCCCCUGAGAGCUCUCGGCUACAAGACAUUCUGCUGUCUGCUAGCCACUCCCGGGAACACCCUGCUAAGUCUGAGUUUGGGUCCAGUCCAGGGCUAAUUGGGAAGGAAUCCUUGUUGAAUAUUGACUGUGGAGAGAGCUAUGCAUUUGAUAUGACUCUGCUAGGGCAGCCCUGUGAAGCUGAGGAGUAUCGAAUCACAAGUGCUGCAGCCACCAGUGAGCUGGAAGAGAUCCUGGACUUCAUGCUGUGUGGCUCAGAUGUUGAGCCAGCUGUAAGAGCUCUGGAGAGUCCUGGGCCUGAGAGCUGCAGGACCCCUAGUUAUCACCUGACAGAACCAGGAAAGAACUGGAUUGAAGAGGAAGAAUGGUGUUUGCCAGACAUGGACCUCUGGCCUAGAGAGCUCACAGGAUUGGAAAAGGAACCUGUUGGUGAGAACAAAGAGCCAAUUGAGCCCUUCAGUCCCCUUGUCAUGACUUCUGAGAACAAAGAACCAAUUGAGCUCCUCAGCCCUCUUGUCAUGCCCUCUGAGGUGAGUAGAGAGGCACUUUCAUUGAGAAGCUCUUGGACUCCAAACCUUGAAAUCACCAACUCCCAGCCACUGGAUGGUCAGGGAGAUAAACUUCUCCACUUUGUCUCCCAUGACCCUCCCCAAAGGUCUUACGAUCUCUCACCUCCAUGUUCAAACUGGGCAGAGACUGGGCUAGACAUGUCCUUAAGCAUGGAUGAGGUAUUGUACCAUGCUCCUAAGGCAGGAAGUGAGGUAACUGGUAACUCUGAGCUGCUGGACCCACUUCCUGAUAGCCCUGAAGAUGAAGAGAUUGAUGUGGUGGACUGGACAGCAGAGGGGAGGCUGGGGCCUACUCCCUCUGUGUGGCCUGACCCUUCUUCAGAGUCAGAAACAGAGGUAGAUAUACUAACAUAG